AUAUUUAGUUUACAGAAUUCGGCCACAUAGAGUGGACGUGCGUCGCCCGGUCCCGGAGAUAAAUCUCCCAGUAAAACAAAAACAAAUCACUGCCUUUUUUCUAAGGACUUAAUUAUAAUAAUUAUAUACAAAUAUUAUACCGUAGUAAUCCUUAUAUUAUAACCUCCAACCAACACUGUCUACAUGUUAAUAAUAAUAUAUACCUAUAUACAUUUUAAACCGUUACAUCAAAAACAAAAUAAAUAAUUAUAUAAAUUUAACAAAUUUAAUACAACCUACGAAUAUUUAUACCGAUUUACAUAUAUAUCCAACCAAACAUAUAACAUCGUAACGUAUCGUAAUGUAAUAAAUAAAUAAAUAAGCAGUUUUUCAUCUCAAUAUCGUAAAUAUCGAAUAUUUUAAAACAAACAAAAUAAUCCAAAUCUCGUAUUUUCCGUAUGUCUGUCUGACUGCCUUGCCAGCCAACAAAAAUAAAAAUACAAAUUGUGUUCAAUCAAAAUAAAUUAAACAAAAAUAAAUCGAUGUCGUCGAAUUAAGGAAAACGAAAAAAAAAAGAAAAUUUUUGAUACUAAACUAGAAUCUAGAUACACAAGAAGAAAAUCCAUCUUAUAGAAGAAAAGCAGCAGAAAAAGAAAUAAAAAUAAAAAAUCGAAUUCGAUUUAAUUCGAGUUGCACUUUACAGUUUACACGCGUUAUAUCGUAUACGAUAUUGUGCUUACAAUUAAUAUUUUUACCCACAAUACCCACCCCACUUGUGUGAGAUUGUGUUGUGUUUGUGUGUCUUUCUUUUAUAUUAUUAUUGUAAAGUGUCGAACGUCGACUCUCUUUUUUAUCAUACGAAGAGAGCUAAAGAGAGUCUUUAGAUUGUUAUUUGAGAAAAAGAAAUAACUUUGAAAGAGUGUUUCGGAGAAAUAACAAAGUGUCAAAAAUAAAAAGAGAAACUUGAAUACACAAAAUUUUAACGAAACAAUUUUCUCGUCCGUAUACAGUUUCGUUAAGUUAGUGUUUUUUUAUAAUAUUUGUGAGUAUUUGUGCCGUUCUUCGUCGUCCCGUAUAAUCGUCGUGCAUCCAUACAUAUAAAAUAAAUUUAUUCUUUUACGGUAUUCUUUUGUGUUUUCGUGCUUUGCUUUGGCUAUGCGCAUCGCGCUAGCGCUAGAGCUUCUAUCUACAUAGCUAUCAACUAUCAUCAAGGUGCAUGAUUUAUCGUCAUGCUUGCUACCAGCUCGGUUCUUUCCCCUCUUCAUUCUCUUUACCAUCGUUCUUCGAUUUCGUCGUCCCUGUCGUUGCUAUCAUGCUGUUUAGCGGGGUUUAUGUAAUAAAAAUAAUGAAUAAAUAAUGCAAUAAGCAGAGCGACAAAGAAGUAGAAACAAAAAAAAAAAAACAAAAAUAAUUUAAAGCAGAGACAAAGAAAUACACUUUUUGUGUGUGAAGUUAAAGUUGAAUACUUAUGGAUGGAUGUGUUUGUGUUUAGAUAGAAAGAGAUAGAGAAGAGAGAGAAAGGGAGAAGAGAGAAAAAUUAACAAACAAUCUUCAUUUCUUCAAACUUCAGCCUUCACUACACUUCUGGAUCGGGUUCUGGUUCUGAUUCUGGAUUUGAAUUGAAAUUGGAUUUUAUAUUCUACUACUCCUGUGUACAACAUUUAUUACACGUGUGGAUUUUGUUUUUAUUUAUGAAGCUCAAUAAGGGCAUUUCGAGAGUUGCUCUAUCUGAAUCCAGAUUAUCCACGUGCCAAUGAAGCUCACCUGCGUCUUGGAUUUAUGUUCAAAGUGAAUGGCGAAUAUAAGUCAUCGUUGAAACACCUGCAACUAGCUUUAAUCGACACAGCACCGUGCACCUUUACAAAACUUCAAAUUCGCUUUCACAUCGCACACCUGUAUGAAGUUCAAAAUAAACAUAAAGCUGCCAAAGAGGCAUACGAAAAGCUUCUUACCGAAGACCAGCUGACAUUGGAACUGAAGGCCGAUAUUUAUCGACAGUUAGGAUGGAUGUAUCAUUGUGUUGAAUCCUUAGGCGAUAAACGACAACGAGAAUCUUAUGCAAUUUUCUGUUUACAAAAGUCAAUUGAAGCCAAUCCAAAAUCUGGACAAUCAUUAUAUUUGCUUGGAAGAUGUUAUGCUGGAAUUAACAAAGUCCAUGAUGCCUUUAUAGCGUAUAGAAAUUCUGUGGAAAAGAGUGAAGGGAACGCCGAUACUUGGUGUUCGAUAGGAGUUCUGUACCAGCAACAGAAUCAACCAACAGACGCCUUACAAGCGUAUAUUUGCGCUGUACAAUUGGAUAAGAAUCACAAAGCUGCCUGGACGAAUUUAGGAAUUUUAUACGAAAGCUGUGGUCAGUUAAGAGACGCCUAUGCGUGUUAUUUAAAUGCAGCACGUAAUUUAGAUUCUAAGGAUUCGAACUUUUUUCACUCACUCAGUACAGCUUCUACAUCGAAUAAUAAUACACCAGCAACACCAACUAAAAAUUCAGGUACUGCUGCUACUGCUGGUGGUGGCAUAUCUACAUCAUUAUCUACUAAUAGUGGAUUCACAUCAUCGCCAUCAACAAGUAAAGCGUCUACAUCAAAAUCCGGUGCUAACAAUAAUAGUAGUAGUAGUAAUAAUAACAACAACAAUAAUAAUAAUAGCAGUAAUAAUAGUCCUAGUAAUAGUAAAUCACAAAGUCUUGCUGAGAGUCUAAAGCAAAGGAUUAAAUUCCUUAGUACACAAUUAGCUCAAGCUCCUAUGCCGAGUAUAACGUCUAAACGGAGGCAGUUGUGCUCAAUAGAGGAGGCCUGGAAUUUACCAAUAUCGCUUGAAAUGAGCUCAAGGCAACAAAUAUCUCAGCAACAACAACAACAGCAACAAAACACACCACAACAUAAUCAACAACAUUCUUCUUCACAUUCGCAUCACCAACAACAUCCUGCGCAACAAUCACAUCAGCAGCAACAACAACAACAACAACCACCCCCACCACCUCCACCUCAACCUCAGCAGCCUGGUGUUGUUCUAAACAAUCACAUGCAGCAGAGUCCGUACGUUAAGAGUUACUCAGCGGCAACGCAAGGUCCUCCGCCACCAUAUCCACAUCAGGGCACAACCAACGCCCUAGGACCAAUUGCACCAAAGCGUUUCAAAGAUGAACUAUCCCCACAAAGUGCAGUGCCUGUGGUGGCCGGAACGGGUGUUGUACCUCAGCAAACCCAACAACUUGCUGCCGCACAGCAGCAACAACAACAGCAACAACCAAGGCCCGGGCAAAAUCCUUCAUUCUAUCUAUCACAGCAACAGUUACAGAUGUUGCAGUUUCUGCAACAAAACCAAAAUAACUUAAACCCCCAACAGCAGCAGUUGUUUCAGCAAUUAAGCAAUCAGUAUCGAUUGAUGGUGCAGUAUCAGCAACAGUUGAGGCUGCAACAGCAACAGAGAUUGCAACCGCAACAACAACAGCAACAGCCACCCCCACCGCAACAACAACAACCACAGCAGCAACAAGCUGUUGUAGUACAAAAUUCUACGCCACUUGGUGCACCUCCCGCAUAUCCUAGUCAACCGCCAACACCAAGAGCUGCCGAUCAUGUGAUUACGGGGAACGGCGGUAUUGUGGGUGGCGGUAGUGGAUAUGUAGAUAACACAUCUAAUUUUGUUCAACAAGCCGCGACGGGGAACACGCAACCAGCUGCAGGGAUGCCAUUUAAAUCAGCAAACGUUUAUAUGAAUGGAAUUGUGCAACCUCAGCAGCAGCAACAACAACAGCAGCAGCAGCAACAAGCUAGUCCGCUGUUGCAAUCGUUACAGCAACCACAACAGCAACAAUCAGCGGCGGGGUUUGACACGUUAAACGAAUUCACCCAACUAUCUCCGUGCAGUGAUGGAAAUGAUUUGGAUAUUUCCUCGCCGUUCAGUGAUAAGCUACUAGGUGUAACUGAACAGGAAUUGCAGGCGAUUUUGUCACAGAAGGACCUCGCUUCCACAUUUGCUGAGGAUAUUCUCAAAUCAUUUACAUCCGAGGGUUUAGAUAUUAAGGAGGAAUUCGAUGAAAACUCACAUGAUCUCUUCAAUGGAUUCGAUUCAACACCGCCACCCUCAUCGGAGCCAACACCCCAACAAACACCCACCAAUCAUAAUAGCAAUACAAUUGUCACAAAUCAGGUCAAUUGCAAUAACAACAACAGCAAUAGCUGCAGUAGCAGCAGUAAUUUUCGCAACAAAUCACCUCCGGUGAAAUGCGAAGCGACAUCAACGUCGAGUAGCAAUAGCAUAACUGGGGCCAGUGCCGCCGACCUAAUGGACGGUGGUCUGUCGUCGAAAGUUGGUGCCUUCGUUAAGGAAGAUGCCGAUAUGGAUGUGCGAGUGAAGCUCGAGAAUAAUUUUCUCGACGACGAUGAGAUGCCAAAAUUUCAAACUCGAAUGACGGCCAAGCAAAUAAGGCUAGGAGUGGAGCAAUUGUCGAUUGAAAAUGCGCCGCCACACUGUUCCGUGUUACAUAUCGACGCACCACCCCCAACACCGCCCGAUUGUCCGCCACAGCGUUUGACCAAAGAACAACUUCUGCCACCUACACCGUCUGUGCAUUUGGAGAACAAGAAACACGCCUUCAGUCCGCAACUGCAAGAGUUUUGUCUGAAACAUCCGAUUGCAGUGGUCCGAGGGAUGGCCGGUGCGCUCAAACUUGACCUGGGCCUGUUUUCGACCAAGACAUUGGUCGAGGCAAAUCCAGAUCAUAGUGUGGAGGUGCGAACGCAGGUGCAUCAGGCGCCCGAUGAGAAUUGGGAUAAUACGCUGGCGAAACGAGUGUGGGCUUGUAUAUCACAUCGAUCUCACACAACCAUUGCCAAAUAUGCCCAAUAUCAAGCUUCUAGCUUUCAAGAUAGUUUAAAGGAUGAACGUGAAAAGGGAUCAGCAGGAGCGCACACAAUGUCUGAUUCAGAUUCAAAAGAUUCCAUGAGCAGCUCAACAGUCAAUGGCAAACGGAGGAAGUUAAAGAAUGGAAGCAAAAUGUUAAAAUUCGGAACAAAUGUUGAUCUCUCCGACGAACGAAAAUGGCGACCUCAACUUGCCGAAUUACAAAAGCUACCUGCCUUUGCUCGUGUGAUAUCCGCCGCAAACAUGCUAUCCCAUGUCGGGCAUGUCAUCCUCGGCAUGAACACUGUCCAGCUGUAUAUGAAAGUACCUGGCAGUCGAACGCCUGGCCAUCAGGAGAACAAUAACUUCUGUUCGAUAAACAUCAAUAUCGGACCUGGCGAUUGUGAAUGGUUCGCUGUGCCGGACGCCUAUUGGGGUGGCAUACAUAAUUUAUGCGAAAAGAAUAACAUAAGUUAUUUACAUGGAUCUUGGUGGCCGGUUUUGGAAGAUCUAUACAAGGAAAACAUUCCGGUGUAUAGAUUUAUUCAGAGACCCGGUGAUUUGGUGUGGGUUAAUGCUGGUUGUGUUCAUUGGGUGCAAGCUGUUGGCUGGUGCAAUAAUAUCGCUUGGAAUGUUGGUCCGCUGACGGCGCGACAAUAUUCUCUGGCGAUAGAACGAUACGAAUGGAAUAAGUUGCAGAGUUUCAAAAGUAUUGUACCGAUGGUGCAUUUGAGUUGGAAUUUGGCACGUAACAUAAAGGUUUCAGAUCCAAAACUUUUUGAAUUAUUAAAAAUGUGCCUGCUGCAGACAUUAAAGAAUGUCUUCCACACACUGGACUACGUCAAGUCAAAGGGUGUAGAAGUUCGUUUCCAUGGUCGUGGAAAAAACGAAGCUUCUCACUAUUGUGGUCAAUGUGAAGUGGAAGUAUUUAAUAUUCUCUUCAUUCGUGAACAAGAAAAACGCCAUGUGGUACAUUGCAUGAGCUGUGCCCGCAAACAAGCACCGUCCCUUCAUGGUAUAGUUUGUUUGGAGGAAUAUCGUUUAUCGGAAUUGUGCCAGAUCUAUGAUCAAUUUACCUUAUUCAAACCACCAGCUCCACCAAGCCCCAUAACAAAAGUAUAACAUUAAUGGAUCAUAGUUCAAUUUGUUUUCUUUUUUUUUCUAUACUUUUAUUUUUCUCUUAAAACAUCGUCUGAACAAAACAGAAGAAAACCUUUUUAGUAUUUUUGUUUUAUCGUUAUAAUUAAGUUCUUUUCUUCAUCUUCUUUAUAAAAAUAAUUGUAUUUUUCAAAAAAAUAUUUAUACAUAUAAGACAAACAAUUCAGUCAAACAAAAAGUAAACAAAAAAUCAUCGGCCCUCAUGUAAAGAAACAAAGAUGAUUGAAAAAAUAUUGUGUUUAUUGAUGAAAAUACAAACCCAUAUAAUUAUAUAUAUAUAAACAAAAGGAAUGUUAUCCAUAUUUAAAUUAUUUAUUAUUUUAAACAUAAAACAAAAGCAAUUUAAUUUUAAUUCAAUUUAGAUGUUUCUCUUCUAUUUCUUUUUUUAUUAAUUUAAAAACACAAAAAAAGAAUAAUUUUACUUUUUUAAGGCUCUCCCAUGUAGGGUUAAGGAUUUUUGUUUUGAUUGUGUUUUUUCUUUCUAUUAUUUAAUAAUUAGUUAAUGACAAUUUAUAUGUGAAACAUAGUUUUAAAAUUUAACAAAACAACAAAAAAUACAAAUUAUUUGUAGGAAGUGUCAAGUUUCUUUAUUUUGUUUUUCUUAUAAAAGAAAAAUUAAAUUUAAUUAUUAUAAUCCACUUUAUACUCCACAAAACAAAAAGAUUAUUAAAAUUUCCAAAGAAACUUCAUCAAAUAAAAAGAAAUUCUAAACAAAAUAUGCAAAUUUAAUCUUUGUUUGUUUGUUAAUCAUUUUUAUUAUUAUAUUAUAUUCAAAUUUAUACUUAUAAAUUAUGUAUAUACAAAAUAUACUAUUCAUUAUUAUUCACUAUCACAUUGAAGAAAAUUGAUUAAACAAAAAUAAGUUAAAGUGCAAAUACAAAAUUAUAAAAUUCGAACAAAAUUUAAAAAAAAAAUCAUCUUAUUGUAUCUUAUAUCAUCUCAGCAUCGUCAUUUCAUAACAUUUCCCUUCCUAACUUCUCAAAUCCAAUAAAUCAUCAUUAAACACAAAACAGAAAGGAAAAGUGUGGUAUAUAGAAAAGAAAAACAAGAACGGAAAAUAGAAGAAUUAAAUAUUAUAAAUUGAUCUCAGUUAAAGGAAUAUGUAGAAGAAGAAAAUGACAAAACAAAAAAGAGUGUAAAAUGGAAUUAGAAAAUUUAAUUAUUAAGAAACAAAGAAAAAGGAAGAAGGUUUUUAAUGUUUAUGAUCUUGUAAAUACGAGUAAUAUUUAUAUAAAUAGAAAUUUUAAUUAAU